ACAAAUAAAUAAAUAAAAAUAUUAUGGGUGUAGUUGUUGUACAGACAAUUUCUGUUCUUCGCUUUCCCAGUUUCUCCUCUAUCACUCAGCAGCCCAAGCUAGGAAAGGCCAUUUUCUGUCCGAUAGAUGUGCUCUCGCCCUUCGAGCGAAAGGACCUUCGGUUAACCGUUUCAUGCAUAGGAUCCGACGGGGAUAGAACAGGACGGCGACCUCCACGGAAAAGCACUACCUCAGGGAGGAAAACAAAUAGGGAAGCUAAUAAAGCAUCACCUGUAGGUAAAAAACCCAACUCAGCUAACCAGGAGGAGAUUAUUGCUCUGUUCAGACGAAUACAAUCUUCAAUCUCAAAAGAAAAGUCUGUAAAUGACAAGAAGAUAAACGCCGAUGCUUCUGAAGAGAAAUCCUCUGUCGAAUCGAUUCUUAAAGUUCUCCGCAGAUCAGGGAAGCAAGGAAAAGCUAAAAUCGAGGAAGGGAAGAAGAUAUCAAUGAGGAAAAGAGUUGUGCCUAAGAAAGAUCAAGAACUAGAGGGUAGUACACCGGCAGUUACAGGCUCAAAGUUAAGUCGUCGGCCGCCGUCGAAUUUUGUUAAGAGGUCCCCUAUCCCAUCUCCAACGAUCCCAAGAAGUAUAUCUCUUGAGCUGAACAGUAAACAAUCAACUGCAGCAGAAGAAGAGGGGCUACAUCUGCCAAAAGUAGAGGAGAUGAAACUUGCUGAACUGAAAGAAUUAGCAAAAUCUAGAGGAAUUAAAGGUUACUCAAGACUGAAGAAGAGCGAGCUUUUGAGUUUGCUGAGGACUUGAGUAAAUGAAACAUCUUACUCUGUCAAUAAAACAAACGCCCAAGAAACGAGGCCCGUCAGAUAUUGGGUUCACAAUCGUUUUAUUCACCUUUUCUUUUUUUUUCUUUUUUUUUCUUUUUUUGUUAUCUGUUGGCUCAUUUUGUUCAUUUUUUUGAAUCUUUAUAAGCCUUUCUAAUUUCUGUUUAAAUUCUGAAUCAAAAGAUAGUUUGGCCGCUAUUCAUCUCCCUACUAACCA